AUGGAGAAAGCCUUCAGUUCUUUUCUCUUAAUAGUCCUCUUGCUGCUUCACUAUGUUAUGGCUAGUCCGGGCAGGACCCAAACCAACAUUACCACUGAUCAAUUGACUCUUCUCUCUUUGAAAUCCCAAAUCAUUUCAGACCCUUUUCACUUCUUGGAUGAAAGUUGGUCUCCCGCUACUUUUGUAUGCCACUGGGUUGGAGUCACUUGUGGCUCUCGUCAUCAGAGAGUGAAGUCGUUGAAUAUUUCCAACAUGGCUCUUGCAGGCAGGAUUCCCCGUGAAUUUGGAAACCUCAGAUUUCUCGUUUCUCUUGACUUGGGAAGCAACAAUUUCCAUGGAAAUUUGCCUCAAGAAAUGGCACGCUUGCAUCAGCUUAAGUUUCUUAGGUUAAGUGUCAACAACUUCAGAGGAAAGUAUAAUCAGUUAACAGGUUCUAUACCAUUCACAAUUUUCAAAAUUUCUAGAAUCAAAGUCAUUGCAUUUACAGGCAAUACCUUAUCAGGACAUCUUCCCAAUGGCUUAUGCAAUGCAUUUAAUGAGCUUGAUGGACCAAUACAUAGUGAAAUUGGAAGAUUGAGUAACUUGCAGAUAUUAGAUCUCGGAACUAAUCAUUUCACUGGUGAAAUACCCAAAGAGAUAAGAAAUCUCGUUGAGUUGGAUGAACUUGAUCUUUCGUUUAAUAGUUUUAGUGGUUUGCUUGAUAUGGAGAUCUUCAACAUAUCAGGGCUGAGAAUAAUUGAUCUUUCACUCAACAAUCUAUCAGGACGCCUCCCACCAAACAUAGGUUCUAUCUUACCCAACAUUGAAGGACUUUUUCUGGGUGCCUUAACCAAUCUUGUUGGGACUAUUCCUCAUUCCAUCUCCAAUUGUUCAAAACUUACUAUUCUUGAGCUUGCCAACAACAAACUCCCUGGCUUGAUUCCCAAUUCUCUUGGAUGUUUGACUCAUCUACAAAUCCUAAACUUGGUGGCAAACAAUUUAACCAGCGAAUCAUUGUUAAGCUUUCUGACUUCCUUAACCAAUUGCAGAAAUUUAACAUAUCUUGAUAUAUCUUUCAACCCUCUAAAUGACAUGCUUCCAGCCUCUACAGGGAACCUUUCCCCAUCUCUUAGAACAUUUUUCGCCAUGUGUUGUAAAAUCCAAGGGCGAAUUCCAGAUGAAGUUGGGAACGUCAGCAGCUUAUUAGACCUUAGACUUUCUGGAAACAACUUGGUUGGAUCGAUUCCCGCAACAAUUGGCAACUUGACAAAGCUUCAGCUCUUCCACUUGACUAAUAACAAAUUAACAGGAUUUAUUGGAGAUCAUAUAUGUAAAUUGCAGCAUUUGGGUAAUAUUUACUUCGGUCAAAAUCAACUUUCAGGAUCUCUUCCUAAUUGUUUAGGGAAUAUUACUUCCCUUAGGGAGAUACAUCUUGGUUCCAAUAAAUUGAGUUCCAAUACACCACCAAGCUUAGGGAACCUUCAAGAUCUAGUGGUUCUUGACUUAUUGUCAAACAACAUGGUAGGUUCUUUACCUAAAGAAAUUGGAAAUCUGAAGGCUGUAACAAAGAUGAAUCUGUCGAUGAAUCAAUUCUCAAAUGAAAAUCCUAGAGAAAUUGGAGGCUUGCAAAACUUGGCGUAUAGAAGAGGUAAAAGAGCUUCUCAACAAGCUGAUUCAUUGUCUGCCAUAACAAGUGAAAGAAUUUCAUACUAUGAAUUGCUCCAAGCAACUGAUGCGCUUAGCGAGUGUAAUCUGAUUGGUUCUGGAAGUUUCAGCUCUGUUUACAAAUGUGUUCUCAGAAGUGGAACUGCUAUUGCAGUUAAAGUGUUCAAUCUGCAACUAGAUGCGGCAUUCAAGAGCUUUUAUAUGGAAUGUGAAGUUCUGCGAGCCUUCGCCAUAGGAAUCUCGUAA